ACUAAUCCCUUAUGUGAGUUUAAAUGUUGAGAGCAUCUGUUUUCAUCUUGAAUUGAUAUAAUGAAUAGGCCCAUUGUAAAUUUCUCCUGUAGCCUAAUUGUUGUUCCUCUGCCUGGAAGUUGUGCACCAUUAAACACGCAGAAAUAGUCUUUGACUGCAACUCAAUCUGAUACAUGUCGCCAGAAUCUAUAAUUAACCAAGGAAAGAACUAUUAAAGGUGAAAUCAGGACAAAGGAGCAGUAUAUAAAAGCCUGACGGCUCUCCUGCUGACCAUCAGUGGACACAGCUGGAGGACCAAAGUCAACAAUGAAGCUCUUCACCUGUUAUCUACUUCUUCUGUUUGCAACUAUGGUUGUAACAUCCCCAAUCAGAGCCCGAAGAGAAAAUGUGUUAACCUUCCUAAAUGAUAUGUCAGAGGCAAUAUCUACAGAGACUUUUGACACCAAUCAAUAUACAGAUGUCUUCCAAGACCCUGACAGCCAUGAGACCAUGGUUCCUAAAGUUUUGGGAAAAGAUAAGACACCAUCAAGGAGGAAAACAGGAGGAGACAAAGACAACAUGGAGCUGAUCGAUAUGAGCAGUAGGCUGGUUCGGGACCUAGGCAGCAGAGAUCAAAGUAGGCUACAUGGGGCACAUCAAGCAAGCAGAGAGCAGACUGAUCGUAACAGUGAGGAAGGGUUGAUGGUGGAUGUUCAAGAUGCCAGAGCCAGUCUAGGCAGCAUUCUCCAAAGAAGGGCAAACCCAGGAAGAGCUAAUGGGUCAAAUGGUUUGAUAGCACCAGGCCAAAGCAAAGAAGUGCAGGAUUGGGAUAGUUUGGAGGGCAACAAUGGUAGACCUGCUCCAGUGGGCAACAGAGGAGAUAAAGACUACGAUGAAACCAGAGAAUUUAUCAGCUCUGAAACUUAUCCAAUGGGUGCACCUCCAGCUCAGUAGCUUGAGAGCCGAGCCUCCUGACGAUCAUACGGAGAUUCUCUUCCUUCCUCAUAAUGAGUCAGGGGCCACCAUCUGUUGAAUCAUAUGAGGCAGACAGCUUGCUUCCAAAUACAGUUGCUUCAGGGACUUUUUCCAUCCAAAUUUAGAUUUUACUUGGAGUUUUGUUAUGCGAUUUAAGAAUUAAAGAGACAAUUCUGAAGAAGACAUUAUUGAAACUGGUUAAAAAGAGUAAGCUACAGUAAUAUUUUGUAUGAUGAUUUUGAUGUCAAACAUGUUUAGAAAUGAUUAACUAAGUCCUAAAUGUGUCACUUUUA